AUGCGGCAAGGCCCUGGGCCGGAGGAGUCGGAGCCGGGCUGCGAGGUGCCGUGCGCGGGCCCGUGCCACGCGCAGCGCGUGCUGCAGACCCUGAACACGUACCGGCGGAGCGGUACCCUCACCGACGUGGUGCUGCGCGCCGGCGGCCGCGACUUUCCAUGCCACCGCGCGGCGCUCAGCGCGGGCAGCGCCUACUUCCACAGCUUGUUCGCGGCCGGGCGGCCCGAGCGCGGCCAGGCAGUGGUGCCGGUAGCUCCCGAGGCGCCAGGCACAAGCCCGGCCGGGGCGGCGGCGGCGCUGGCCGUGGUGCUCGACUACGUGUACGGAGCGGGCGUGCGGCUGCGCGAGGAGGACGAGGCGGCGGCCGUGCUAGCGCUGGCGGAGCGGCUGGGCGUGGCAGGCCUGCGCGAGGCCUGCGUACGCUUCCUCGAGGGCAGCCUGCGCGCAGCCAACAGCCUAGCGCUGCGCCGCCUGGCCGCCGCCUUCUCGCUGGCUCCGCUGGCCGAGCGCUGCGGCCGCGUCGUGCGCCAGGCUUUCGCCGAGGUGGCGCGCCACGCCGACUUCCUGGAGCUGGCGCCCGACGAGGUGGCGGCGCUGCUGGCUGACCCUGCGCUGGGCGUGGCGCGCGAGGAGGCUGUGUUUGAGGCGGCCAUGCGCUGGGUGCGCCACGACGCGCCGGCCCGCCGCGGGCAGCUGCGACGCCUGCUGGAGCACGUGCGCCUGCCGCUACUGGCGCCCGCCUACUUCCUGGAGAAGGUGGAGGCGGACGAGCUACUGCAGGCCUGCGGCGAGUGCCGCCCGCUGCUGCUGGAGGCCCGCGCCUGCUUCAUCCUGGGCCGCGAGGCCGGUGCGCUGCGGACCCGGCCGCGGAGAUUCAUGGACCUAGCUGAAGUGAUCGUGGUCAUCGGCGGUUGCGACCGCAAAGGUCUCCUGAAGCUGCCCUUUGCCGAUGCCUACCACCCAGAGAGCCAGCGGUGGACCCCACUGCCCAGCCUGCCCGGCUACACUCGCUCAGAAUUCGCCGCCUGUGCUCUCCGCAAUGACGUCUACGUCUCCGGAGGCCACAUCAACAGUCAUGAUGUGUGGAUGUUUAGCUCCCAUCUGCACACCUGGAUCAAGGUAGCCUCUCUGCACAAGGGCAGGUGGAGGCACAAGAUGGCAGUUGUGCAGGGGCAGCUGUUCGCGGUGGGUGGUUUCGACGGCCUGAGGCGCCUGCACAGCGUGGAGCGCUACGACCCCUUCUCCAACACCUGGGCGGCCGCCGCGCCCCUCCCGGAGGCCGUGAGCUCAGCGGCGGUAGCGUCCUGCGCGGGCCAGCUCUUCGUGAUUGGGGGCGCCAGGCAGGGCGGCGUCAACACGGACAAGGUGCAGUGCUUUGACCCCAAGGAGGACCGGUGGAGCCUGCGGUCACCAGCACCCUUCUCAGAGCGGUGUCUCGAGGCCGUCUCCCUUGAGGACACCAUCUAUGUCAUGGGGGGUCUCAUGAGCAAAAUCUUCACCUAUGAUCCAGGCACAGAUGUGUGGGGGGAGGCAGCUGUCCUCCCCAGUCCUGUGGAAAGCUGUGGAGUCACUGUGUGUGAUGGGAAGGUCCACAUCCUUGGUGGGCGGGAUGAUCGCGGAGAAAGCACCGAUAAGGUCUUCACCUUUGACCCCAGCAGUGGGCAGGUGGAGGCCCAGCCAUCCCUGCAGCGCUGCACCAGCUCCCACGGCUGUGUCACCAUCAUCCAGAGCUUGGGCAGGUGACUCAGAUUUGGACAGCCUGAGCCAGGAGGCGGAGAGGCACGCGGAGCUCAGGCGCACACUCUGCUCCCUCAUGGCACCUCCACACAAACAGCCCUUCACUUAACAGUCUCUUUUCUUGUAGAAAUAAAACCUUGUUGGGUCUGUGUUCCAGCUGCAGUCUGCCCUGACUGAGAUGGAAUGUC